GGCACCUGAGUAAAGCCAAUCUCAGAUUUCUCUUUACUCAAGCAAACUCAAAAUCCGCCAUGGAAGCACAAGAAGGAACUCAGCAAACGCAAUUUAUACUAGCCCACAACGUCUUUCUUCUCAAGCACCCAGAUGUUCAAGACAUCGAGAAGGUCAGCCUCAAGGAGGAGGUCAUCGCAGCCGUUAAAAACAAUGAUAUGGCUCCGUUUUUUGAAACCCUAGUGGCUGAUAAGGUGGUGGAGUUGGAUCAGAGCGUCUUGGAGUCAAUGCGUGUCAAGAUUGAGGAAGAAGUUAAGAAGCUCGAUGAGAAGAUUGCUGAUGCUGAAGAGAACUUAGGUGAAAGUGAAGUUCGAGAAGCUCAUUUAGCUAAAUCACUACUUUACAUUCGGAUAGGUGCUAAGGAGAAAGCAUUAGAACAACUAAAGCUCACAGAAAGCAAGACAGUUGCAGUUGGACAAAAGAUGGAUUUAGUUUUCUACACAUUGCAGAUUGGCUUUUUCUACAUGGAUUUUGAUCUUAUCUCCAAGAGUAUUGAUAAAGCAAAGAACUUGUUUGAAGAGGGAGGUGACUGGGAAAGAAAGAACCGUUUGAAAGUGUAUGAAGGCCUGUACUGCAUGUCCACUCGAAAUUUUAAGAAGGCUGCCAAUUUGUUUUUGGAUUCAAUUUCAACCUUCACAACUUAUGAACUCUUUCCUUAUGGCACCUUCAUAUUUUACACUGUCCUUACAAGCAUUAUAUCCUUGGAUAGAGUUUCCCUGAAGCAAAAGGUUGUUGAUGCUCCUGAGAUUUUGACGGUGAUUGGGAAAAUCCCACACCUAUCAGGGUUUCUGAACUCUCUAUAUGAUUGUCAGUAUAAAUCCUUCUUCUCAGCAUUUGCUGGCCUGACUGAGCAAAUAAAAUUGGACCGCUAUUUGCAUCCACACUUUCGGUUUUACAUGAGGGAAGUCAGAACUGUUGUCUAUUCUCAGUUUUUGGAAUCGUACAAGAGUGUUACCAUCGAGGCAAUGGCAAAGGCUUUUGGAGUCACAGUGGAUUUCAUUGACUCGGAACUAUCGCGUUUCAUUGCAGCAGGAAAGCUUCAUUGCAAGAUUGACAAAGUUGCUGGCGUUCUUGAAACCAACCGUCCUGAUGCCAAGAAUGCUCUCUACCAAGCAACUAUCAAGCAAGGAGACUUCUUACUAAACCGAAUCCAGAAGUUGUCACGUGUCAUCGACCUAUGAAAUUCUUAGGGGUUCUGUGCCGUGUCAGGAAUGGCGCUAUUAUUGAGCAGUUUAUGAGAAAUCUUGAGCCCAGAGCAUUGAUGGUACAAACAUUUCAGCCCAUGAUUGCACACUAAUUUUUCCUUUACCGUUAAUAAUGUUUAUUACAGUUAUAUUUUAGCCAUUGAAUGAUAUAGUCCCAUCUGAGUGGCAAGAAACUAUCUAGAGCUUUUAUUGUUAUUAUUAUUAUUAUUGUUAUUAUUAUGAUAAUGCUCCUUUUUGAGUGGUGCUUUCAGUUGGAA